AUGUCUUCAUCAGACGAAUGGUACGCUGACCCCUUUGCUGGCAUACAUGAGCCAUUUGCUGGCUUGAGUGAAAUGGAUUUUGAACUCCACGGCAUUUACAUGGACCACGAACCAGAGGAAGAAUUUGUGUCCUCACUCGAUAAAUGUAAGGAUAUCUUCCUAAAUGUUCUAUUAAGUGAUGAAAACCUACGAAAUUCUAAUAUGGCAGAUGAAGUCAGAGCACAAGUGUACCAUGCUACUGAUUGGCAGAGUGAUGAAGAUGAACAGGAGGUAUUGAAAAACAACUAUAGAAUUCAUGACCUAACCAUCAAGUGGGACAAGAUGGUACCAAAGCUUGGUGACAUCUUUGAAUCCCCUGCCCAACUGAAGUUUUGUGUCACCAAUUAUGCAGUGUCACAUGGCUCUCUAGAAUAUACUUUGAAAAAUGUGAUAGUAAAAGAAUUGUAG